AUGGGCCUUCCUCAGCCUACUGUGAGGACGUGGAUAAUGUCUGCUACACUCUGUGGUGCUCGGUGGGGACCACCUGUCACUCCAAGAUGGAUGCUGCUGUGGAUGGUACGAGCUGUGGGAAGAACAAGGCCUAAGAACAAAGGCAAGUACUGUGUGGGAGAGCGGAAGCGGCACCGGCUCUGCAACCUGCAGGCCUGCCCACCAGACCGUCCCUCUUUCCGCCACACCCAGUGUAGCCAGUUUGAUAGCAUGCUGUACAAGGGGAAACUACACAAAUGGGUGCCUGUGCUCAACGACGAGAACCCUUGUGAGCUGCACUGCCGGCCCUUCAACUACUCCAAUAGAGAGAAGCUGAGGGAUGCUGUGAUGGAUGGCACCCCUUGCUACCAAGGCCGCAUCAGCCGUGACAUCUGCAUCGAUGGCAUUUGCAAGAAAGUGGGCUGUGACUUCGAGCUUGACUCUGGUGCUGAGGAGGACCGCUGUGGGGUGUGCCGGGGGGAUGGCUCUACUUGCCAUACCGUGAGCAGGACCUUCAAGGAGGCUGAAGGCAUGGGGUAUGUGGAUGUAGGGCUGAUCCCAGCCGGAGCCCGAGAGAUUCUCAUUGAGGAGGUGGCCGAGGCUGCCAACUUCCUGGCCCUGCGGAGUGAGGACCCAGACAAGUACUUCCUCAAUGGCGGCUGGACCAUCCAGUGGAAUGGGGACUACCAGGUGGCAGGCACUACUUUCACCUAUACACGCAAGGGCAACUGGGAGACCCUCACAUCCCCAGGCCCCACCACUGAGCCUGUCUGGAUCCAGCUGCUAUUCCAGGAGAGAAACCCUGGGGUACAUUACAAGUAUACCAUCCAGAGGGCCAGCCACAGUGAAGCCCAGCCACCUGAGUUCUCCUGGCAUUAUGGGCCCUGGAGCAAGUGCCCGGUCACCUGUGGGACAGGUGUGCAGAAGCAGAGUUUGUACUGCAUGGAGAAGCAGGCGGGAAUUGUAGAUGAGGGACACUGUGACCAUCUGAGUCGGCCCCGUGAACGCAAGAGGAAAUGCAAUGAGGAGCCCUGUCCCGCCAGGUGGUGGGUAGGGGACUGGCAGCCGUGUUCCCGAUCCUGCGGGCCUGGAGGUUUCUUUCGCCGGGCUGUGUUCUGCACACGUAGUGUAGGGCUGGAUGAGCAGCGUGCCCUUGAGCCAUCUGCUUGUGGACAUCUUCCCCGUCCCUUGGCUGAAAUCCCGUGCUACCAUUAUGUUGCCUGUCCUUCCUCCUGGGGUGUGGGGAACUGGUCUCAGUAUUCCACGUACGUAGUGGACACAGGUGCCUCUGGGAGCGGCUCCUCCAGUCCUGAGCUCUUCAAUGAGGUUGACUUCGACCCGCACCAGCCGGCCCCACGCCCUUCCCCAGCAUCCUCACCCAAGCCAGUCAGCAUCAGCAACGCUAUUGAUGAGGAAGACCCGGAACUGGAUCCGCCAGGGCCUGUGUUUGUGGAUGAUUUCUAUUAUGACUACAAUUUCAUUAACUUCCACGAAGACCUGUCCUAUGGGUCCUUUGAAGAAUCCCAUUCAGACCUGGUUGAUAUUGGGGGUCAGACAGUACCACCUCACAUCAGACCCACUGAACCCCCCUCAGAUUCUCCAGUGCCUACUGCAGGAGCUCCUGGAGCUGAGGAAGAGGGCAUUCAGGGAUCUUGGUCUCCUAGCCCUUUACUCAGUGAGGCUAGCCAUUCCCCACCAGUAUUAUUAGAGAAUACUCCUGUGAACCCCUUGGCCAAUUUCUUGACCGAGGAAGAGAGUCCUAUAGGGGCCCCUGAACUCGGGCUCCCCAGCGUGUCCUGGCCCCCUGCUUCAGUUGAUGGAAUGGUGACAUCUGUUGCCCCUGGAAACCCUGAUGAGUUGCUAGUGAGAGAAGAUACGCAGAGCCAGCCAUCCACUCCAUGGUCUGACAGGAACAAGCUUUCUAAAGAUGGUAACCCCUUGGGUCCUACAUCACCUGCCCUUCCCAAGAGCCCUUUCCCCACCCAGCCCUCAUCACCCUCCAUCAGUACUACCCAAGCUUCUCCGAGUCCUGAUGCGGUAGAGGUGUCGACAAGAUGGAAUGUGGCCUUGGACCCUGUGCUAGAGGCUGACCUGAAGCCUGUACACGGUGAGCUGCGACCCACUGUGGAGAUGGCUUCUCCUCCACUUCCUUCCAUGGCCACUGUGCCAGGCGUCUGGGGCAGGGAGAGCCCUCUUGAACUAGGGACUUCCACCUCUUCAACCCCAGGACUGAGCUCACAGAACCUAAAAACUCUGACAGUGCCGGGGACCUUCCUUUUGACAGUACCAACUGAUCCGGGACCAUUGGACCAGAUACAGACCCCUCACACUGAGGGGACCCAGAGUCCUGGGUUGUUACCUAGACCAGCUCAGGAGACUCAGACUAACAGUAGCAAGGACCCUGCAGUCCAGCCUUUGCAGCCCAGCCUAGUGGAGGACGGCGCCCCUGCAGAUCUGCUGCCUGCCAAGAAUGCCAGUUGGCAAGUCGGAAACUGGAGCCAGUGUUCCGCCACCUGUGGCCUGGGUGCCAUUUGGAGGCUUGUGCGCUGCAGCACUGGCAAUUAUGAAGACUGCACCCUUUCAAGCCGUCCCCAGCCGGCCCGCCAUUGUCAUCUGAGGCCCUGUGCUGCCUGGCGCGCAGGCAACUGGAGUAAGUGCUCUCGCAACUGUGGUGGCGGUUCCGCUACCAGGGAUGUACAGUGUGUGGACACACGGGAUCUCCGGCCAUUGCGGCCCUUUCACUGCCAGCCCGGGCCUACCAAGCCACCCACCCGUCAGCUUUGUGGGACCCAACCUUGCCUCCCCUGGUACACCUCCUCCUGGAGAGAGUGCUCUGAGGCUUGUGGUGGUGGUGAACAGCAGCGUCUGGUGACAUGUCCAGAGCCAGGCCUCUGUGAGGAGUCGCUGAGACCCAACAACACCAGGCCCUGCAACACCCACCCCUGCACACAGUGGGUGGUAGGGCCCUGGGGUCAGUGCUCAGCCCCCUGUGGUGGUGGUGUUCAGCGGCGUCUGGUCAAGUGUGUGAACACUCAGACAGGCUUGGCAGAGGAAGACAGUGACCUGUGUAGCCAUGAGGCCUGGCCUGAGAGCUCACGGCCAUGUGCCACUGAGGACUGUGAACUGGUUGAACCCUCACGUUGUGAGCGGGAUCGCCUGCCCUUCAAUUUCUGUGAGACGCUGCGUCUGCUGGGCCGCUGCCAGCUGCCCACCAUCCGCGCUCAGUGCUGCCGCUCAUGUCCCCCACUCAGCCGUGGUGUCCCUUCCCGAGGCCAUCAACGGGUGGCCAGACGAUAAACCCACGCACCAUCAGGAUGCACAGACCGACCCAUGACACACAGACCUCAGUGCCCCACCAAGGCUGCGGUGGAGCCCCUGCUCCUCGUGUCCUAAUGGUGCUAACCCCAUCCCUGCACAAUGGCAGGCUGGGGACCCCCUUUCCUUUCAGAAAAAGGUAUUUUUUUAUUCUAACAGUUUGCACAUUUGUUAUUGUUUUACAUAAAUGAGUAUCUACCAUU